GGGGCGGGGGUGUGCACCGGUGGCACCGCGGGGCGCAGGGGCGGGGGCUGCGGAGCGGCCGCAGCGCCCGGGGCCGGCGGGGGGAGCCGCGGGCCGGGGCCGGUGGGUGGCGGCGGCGGAUGCCGGGGCGGGUCGCGGGGCUGCGGCGGCCACGGUCGGUGUCCCGGUGCCGCCAUGUACCGGCGCCUCAGGGGCCUGGCCCUCUGCACCGGCUGGGCCGCGCUGCUGGCCGCGCUGCUCUACAUGAAGCAGGAGGCGAAGCCGGCAGCGCCGCGGGGGGCGGCGGGGGCCGGGGGCCGAGCCCGGGCGGCGGCGAUGGGCAGCGCUGAACCCAGCCGGUGUUCGCCCAACCUGACUCUCGCCAACGCCUCGCUCGCCCUCCCGGAGCUUCACCGGCUCUUCUUAACCUACAAGCACUGCCGGAACUUCUCGGUCCUGCUGAAGCCUUCCCGGUGUAGCCGGGAGAUGUUCCUCUUGCUGGCCAUCAAGUCAUCCCCCAUCAACGUGGACCGGCGGGUGGCCAUCAGGAACACGUGGGGGAAGGGGGGCUCCGUCGGCGGCAGGAGCGUCAGGCUCCUCUUCCUCCUGGGGCGCUCGGAGGCCAAACCCCAGGUACAGCCCCUCCAGCAGCUGCUGGCUUACGAGAGCCGGGAGUUCGAUGACAUCUUGCAAUGGGAUUUUGUGGACAACUUCUUCAACUUGACCCUCAAGGAGCUGCAUUUCCUCCGCUGGUUCGUGGAGGAUUGCCCGCACGCCCGGUUUGUGCUGAAGGGUGAUGACGAUGUCUUUGUCAACACUUACAACAUUGUUGAAUUCCUCCAAGAACUGGAUCCCAAACGGGAUCUCUUUGUUGGGGAUGUGAUCCCCAACGCCCGGCCCAUCAGGAACACCAAGGUCAAAUACUUUAUUCCAGAGCCCAUGUACAGAGCCCCCUUCUAUCCUCUCUACGCGGGUGGAGGGGGCUACGUGAUGUCGAGAGAGACGGUGUGCCGCCUCCAGAGCACCGCUGAGGACAUGGAGCUCUUCCCGAUAGAUGAUGUCUUUGUGGGAAUGUGUCUGGCGAAGAUGGCAGUGACCCCAAAGAACCACGCUGGCUUUAAGACUUUUGGGAUCCAGAGACCUUUCAAUCCUUUCGAUCCCUGCUUGUACAAAGAGCUGAUGGUUGUGCACAGACUAAACCCAACGGAGAUGUGGAUCAUGUGGACGCUGGUGAAGGAUGACAGCAUUCGGUGUGCAGUGUCAGUAACGCACAGCUACAGAAGGGGCUGGAAAAGAAGCUACUGAUGAGCACGGCGGGAUUGUGACUGGUGACAGAUACAGGGUACUGAAACUAAAAAAUCAGGUUGUGGUAGAAAUGUGUCCUCUACUAACAGUACUUGAGCCAUAGGGGUUUGUGUUGCAGCAAGUCUUUUUUUCUGUCGGUGAGUUACUGACACAGUUGAAUUGCCCUGGGGUGGGGAUGGGGCCUGUGGCUUGGUGAGAUGUGGUGUGGGGCUGGGCUCGGUUCCUCCCAGCCUGACUGGGGCCAGGGGGAAGUUAGAGCUGCCGCAGGGAUGUGAGUGAAGCUCUGUGGGCUCUGCAACACAGGGGCGGCUGAAUUCAGCCUCGUGUAGGAAGGCUAAUGAUGACUUAUGAGUGACAGAGCACGAAAUUACUGGCAGGGGUGGAGGAAAGCCCAGUGUGUGCUGCUGGGUCCACAGCAGUGCAACUUCGCUGUUCCAGCAAUCCCACAGGUCCUACCGGACAGCAGGAGAAAGGGAGUGGAGUGGGGAAGAAAAAGCCUCAAAAAUACAUUGCCUUAACACAGCACGAUGAUCCAAGGGUCUGGGCUCUGACUCAAGCCCUUUGGAUUUUACAGAAGCUUAUUACAGGUUUACUUGCACUGGAAGGUUUUGCACAAAUACUUUCUGAUUGGGUUUGAGAGGGGCAAUAUGUCUUGAAUAAUUACAAUGGUGGUUAGAGUGGCUGUAGCUUUUCAUGUGGUGUGGAGAGGUGUUUGGGUUGUUGUAAUGUUGGAUAUCAAUAAAAUAGUUUUGAAAAGUGUUUUCACAGGAGUAUUCUUGGGUCUCCUGAAAGCUAAGAGCACUAAAAGCCAGAGAAGGCCGAGAGCUGGUGCUGGGUAUGUAUGUCAAGGAGUCAUUGAUAUUAAAGAGGAUAAGGUUAUGUGGAAAUGGAUACUUGCCACUUCCUUUCCUGUGGGCAGCUGCCGUUCUCUGCCCCUGUCCAGGCAAGAUGCAUUGAUACAGAAACAAUCUAGGAGUGUCCUGGAGUCGCCCGUUUGAGGAAAGAGAUCAAAUAUGAAACUUCAGAUUCAGUGAUACUUCUGUGAAGCUUUUCAGCUUCAGGGUGUUUUGCUGCUAGGUCAGGAGCUGCUGUGCUGUGUGUGAGUGGGAAGCAGCCUGGAAAUUUUAGAAAAAGGCAGUGGGGUAGAGAGGAAGUCUGUGAUUACGGAAGUUGGCACAUUUUGUGCUGUGCUGUUGCCAUUGCUGUGUGUAGUGCCAGCAGCCCAGCGUUCACUGCCCACCAGCUGUGAGCUGGAGCUUUCAGAGUUGCCUGGGAAAUGCUUCCAGGUGGUCCUUGCCUGUACUGCAGGCAGAGAGACUGAGGAGAUCCUGAGACCAGAGGUGUGAUGAGCUGUCAGGGCAGGCUGGCUGCCUUCCAGUGGGGUGGUGUCAGGCUGCGGGACUCCUGGCGGUACUUGCUGCCUUGGCUUUCUAUAACACCCGCUGUAGUGGUAGCUUAGCCCCACGGUGUGACCCAGACUCUUACAGCAGGAGUUACCACUCUCAUGCAAGCAGUUUCUGUGCCAGAUGUGAGUAGGCGUUUGAAAAAAUUGCUCUUGCAAGAGAUGUGCUGGCUUUGUAAACAAGGCCGAGUAUCAGCAGCAAAACCUAGCUCCUGGGCACCACUGCUUGUUCCAGAGAAGAGGCUGGACAGAGCGUGUACUGCGGUACCCUGUGAACUGCUGUGGCAGCAUUUUUCUGAUCCACUAGAUGAUUCCAAAUGCCAACUCAGUAACAUAAUGUAGAGUGUGAUGUCAUGUCUGUUGUGGGCUUAGGUGUAUGGGCUAACCCCCAACAGGCAACUCUCACUUCCCAGUAAAGGUGUGGGACUCUUUUUCCAUCCCAUUAUAGAGGUGAUAUGGAGCUCCUCACGCUCCUCACUCCCAUUUUGACUGAACUUACUAGCUGGCCCGUCACAGCUGAAGGUUCGAUGUGUGUGGGUACAGCCUGUGUCUUGGGAAGUAAGAGCAGUGAAACAAGCGGGGCAACAAGGUGGCUGGGAGCAGGUUCUGACAGGGAGAACGCGUUGCUUUGCAGGCUCCUGUAGCAGUGCUUGUCUGCCUUAAGCUGUAUCUCUGCCAUGCAAGCAUCUGAAGAGAGUUAUUGUGGCAUCCUGCAAGGAACACAACCUGUACGUGCAUUUGGGUCAGUGGCUUGGCAGACUUUCUUGAAACUGCAGCACGUAGCAAAUUAGAGCAGUUGUGGUUAGAGGUUGACCUGAAGUUGCAUUUGGCUUGUGAAGGCGUGGCUGUGCCACUGCUGUAAAUAAUCCUCUCAUAGUGGCUUUUUUUCCUAAUGCUCCAGCCCAAAGCUGUGUUUGGGACCUCCUGCAUACUGGCACAGCAGGCACUGGCAUCUUCCUGUGAGCUGUGCCUUCCACCUCAGAUACAGCAGCACCCAGUGAGGAGCAGGAGCAAGAAAUGGUGGUUUACUAAUUCCUUUUCUACUUAAUCUAUAAGUGUACAGUGCUGUGCAGCUCAGAUUUGCAUUUGUUCAAUAGACAGGAAGGCUUAUGCUACAGCUGAAAAAAUUCUUAGUCCAGCACAGCUCAAUUUAGUAACAGCAACCUCGACACACAUGUAGUGCAUCACAUGCUCAUUUGUUGUGAAAAAUGUAUGAUUAAUGCGUGUUUUCUUACAAAACCUGACGAAUGGGGAUUAUCUGACUCAAACCAGCAGUGAUAAAGUUCUAGUGGAUACUAUUCUACAAAGGAUUCUACAAAGACUGCUCUAGAAAGCAACCUCAGCUUAAGUUUAUAUUGUCUAUACAGCUAAUACUACAAAUUUCACAUUAAGCUUGCAAAAAGAGACUUGAAAUUAUUUUCCUGAAGCUCAUGUUGAACAGCAUUCAAAUAUGUAACGCUUGCUUUUGCUCACUGCUUUAUAAAGAAGUACACAGCAGUUGCCACAACGACUUUGUUUAUAACCACAGUAUCUUGAAAAUCAAAUCUCCCUUUGCUUCCUGGGGAAAGCACAUGCAUAUUUAGUGGUGACUUUUGGGUGAAAGAGGUGGCUGUACUGAACUGCAGAACUCCACUAAGAGCCUGGGUCACUCCACAGAAAG